AUGACGUCCCGCAGCUUCACCGCGCCCGACCCCAACCGCCGCACCAGCCGCGACCCCACCUCCCGCGUCCGCGCAGUAGCAGGAGGAGGGCGCGACCCAAACUCGCCGCCGCCCGCACGGCGGCCAGCAACGAGGGGCGUGGAUAAGCGCACGACGGAGAGGAUCCAUAUCACGGAGACGACGACGACGGGGCGGCGCGCAAAGUCGCCAGGGAGGGAUACGUCGAGGACGAGCACGGGGAUCUCGGCGGGGAGUGUGGGGAGUGGGAGGGGGACGCCGAAUGUCCCAUGGAACCCCGAAGCAAGCCUGAUACCCCCCACCACCGCCCCUCUGGCCUCACGAAUAUCAAUACCCCCUCUAGCCUCCUCAAUGCCAGCUACAAAGCGCCCCCCACCCCUCGAAUCAAUGACCCUCGAGCUCCAAGAAGCCUCAAUCCUCGAGGACCUCCUCUUCGUCUUCAUGGGCUACGAAGGCCAAUACAUCCGCUUCCGCGAAGACUACAACCCCCACCUCGAAAGCGCACGCCUCGACGGCCCCCAAUUCCGCAUCCUCCCCGGCCUCGACCCCUCGCUCCGCGACCUCUCCACAACAAUGCUCAAGAUGGCAACACACUACGGCGCCGUCGAGGCCUUCGUCGAGGUGCAAAGCCGCGAAGAGUUCGGCGCCGUCAACCACGCCCUCUGCGCGGCCAUCCGCAAGCUCCUCCGCGACUACCUCGUCCUCGUGGCCCAGCUCGAGCACCAGUUCCAGACGAGCCCCAGCUUUACGCUCCAUAUCCUGCACCUGCACACGCUGCCGACCUGCCACAUGAUGUACCAGCUGUACUCGCUGGCGCGGGAGAUGCUGCGGCGCAACUCAAUGCUGGAGGACGACAUGGACUCGGUCGACGACUACGACGACGUCGAGAACAUCCUCGAGAGCCUUCGCGAGGGCGGUGACAUCGUCGGCGCUAGCGGCGUCCCCGGCGUAAAGAUCUGUAAGGGCGGCUCGGUUUUGGGGCUACUGACGCACCGGCUGGCCAGCAUGGCGGGCGACCCCGCGGCGCGGUCCCUCCUCAGCAUGCUGCUGCGCGAGGCGUCGAGGCCGUACAUGGCUAUGCUGAACGAGUGGCUGCACCACGGCAUGAUCCGCGACCCGCACUCGGAGUUCCUGGUCAAGGAGCAGAAGAGCAUCCGGCGGGAGCGCCUCGAGGAGGACUACACGGACGAGUACUGGGAGAAGCGGUACACGGUGCGCGACGGCGACGUGCCGCCGCAGCUGGAGGCCGUCAAGGAGAAGGUGCUCCUGGCGGGCAAGUAUCUGAACGUUGUGCGCGAGUGCGGCGGCGUGGACGUCAGCAAGCAGGUGGCAGACGUGCCAAAGAGCUUUGACGACAUCCGCUUCCUCGACAACGUCAACAGCGCAUACGCGCACGCCAAUGAGUCGCUGCUGAACCUGCUGCUCACCACGCACGCCCUCCCUGCGAGACUCAGAAGUCUGAAGCACUACUUCUUCCUCGACCGUUCGGACUUCUUCUCGUACUUCCUCGAGCUCGGCGCAACAGAGCUGCAGAAGCCCGCAAAGAAGGUCAAUGUCGGCAAGCUGCAAUCCCUCCUCGACCUCGCGCUGCGACAGCCGGGCUCCAUCGCCGCCUCAGACCCCUUCAAAGAGGACGUCAAAGUCCAGAUGAACGAAGUGGGGCUCACAAAAUGGCUGAUGCGCGUCGUCUCCGUGAGCGGCAUCGACGAGGGCGUCACCACCUUUGAAGAAAGCCACAAGGCGCCCGCCGCCGCCUCCGCCGUCGAUCAGAUCAUUGGCUUCAACGCGCUCGAGCUCGACUAUAGCGUGCCGUUCCCGCUAUCGCUCGUCAUCUCGCGCAAGACGGUGCUGCGCUACCAGCUGCUGUUCCGCUAUCUGCUGAGCCUGCGCCACCUCGAGACGCUGUUGGGGCAGGCGUGGCAGGACCAUACUACGCAGUACACGUGGAAGCAGAGGUCGCGCUUUCCGCAGAUUGAGAUGUGGAAGCGGCGGGCGUGGACGCUGAGGGCGAGGAUGCUGGUGUUUGUGCAGCAGCUCAUGUAUUUUUGUACGAGUGAGGUGGUGGAGCCGAAUUGGAAUGGGCUUAUGAGGAGGUUGGGCGAGGUGCGGACGGUGGAUGAGCUUAUGCAGGAUCAUGUGGAUUUUUUGGAUACGUGCUUGAAGGAGUGCAUGUUGACGAAUUCGAAGCUGCUGAAGAUCCACGCAAAACUAAUGAUGACAUGCACCAUGUUUGCCUCCUACACCUCGAGUCUCUCCAAGGCGCUCGUCGGCGCCGACCCAUCCCUCGCCGGCCCGUCGGCACGGCGGGGCAGCCUCGACGACGUCAAGCUGGACCCCGCGCGCCUCGACAAGCUCAGCGACAACCUGGCCAAGUAUGAGGAGAACUUUUCGCGGCAUCUGAAGAUCCUGCUGGAUGCGCUGAACUACUAUGCGGCCACGGAGACGGUCGUGCUGCUGGGGUUGUGUGCGAGGUUGAGUACGGCGAGUAAUGAGAAGGAUGAGGGGAGUGGGCUGGUUAUGGCGGGGUGA